AUGGAACAAAGGCAAUUUAUAUUCAUCUGCUCCGUGCUUAUUCUGAUAAUACUUUGCGUCUAUGCUGAUCCUGGAUAUGAUCAUCUAAAUCGUAAUGCCGAAAUGGAAAACGUGGAGGGUAUUAUUGAUGUGGAGUCCACGGAGCCAGUGGAUUCUACUCAGGUAAAGGCGAUUAGUCGAAUGGGCAAACCUUCGGCUGGAUAUGCCGACUAUGAUUAUUAUAAUGUUAGACGUCCGAUCGAGCCUUCGUCUGGGGAUAAUGAUCUUAGUGGAUCGUCGGCAAUUCGAGUGGCAAGUGGAGAAUCGAAUCGUCGACCUGUGAAUGAAAUGAACGUCAAAUCGUUGCCCUGGUACGGUCAAUAUUCCGGCAAAUCGCUAGCCAUGUACCCCUCCAGGUCCUACGAUCCUUAUAUCAGACGUUACGAUAGAUUCGAUGAGCAGUAUCAUCGUGCUUAUCCGCAAUACUUUGAGGACAUGUAUGUACAUCGGCAACGCUAUGAUCCAUAUGAUAGCUAUAGUCCUCGAGUUCCGCAAUAUCCCGAGCCGUAUCUGAUGUAUCCCGAUCGUCAGUUGGAUACACCACAGCCCAGGGAUUACAUCAAGUCCCGACGCGGCUAUAUUGAUGAGCCAAUGCCAAUGCCUGCCCUCGACUCCUAUAGCAGUAAAUACGCUCCCUCUAAGCUGCCACAUCAGCUGGUGUCGCCCCGAAGUGAACGUGUCGUCUAUUAUGCUCAUCUUCCCGAAAUUGUUCGUACUCCUUACGAUAUGAGCGUCCCACGAACGGAUCGAAAUGGGGCAGCUGCGGCUCUCGUUGCGCCAGUUCCCUAUAAACUGAAUAAAAAGAAGAUCAAGAAUCUGCCCAGAGCAUCUACCGAUAAUUCUACCAAUUACAAGCAAAUGUUUUAG